CUGUGAUUGACGUCGCGUGCUCUACUUCCCAAAGUGGAAAAAACUAAUUGCUGCUUCAUGUACUUUCGAAUGGUGUGGUGUGCGUUGCGGUGCUGUAAAUUAGACCACAAAUACCUAGAAAGAAGCUGAAAGUUUUUCCCUAGGAGUAGCGGAGGAAGAUCGAAAAAAUGGUCGGCUCACCCAGGAGCCCUCUGGGCAGCCCCGGGCCGUCGGAGUUCGGCGCACGGUCGGAGCGGCCAUCGCCCUCGGUUUACCGGUCCCCCACGGGACGAACGCCUGCUGGGAGUGCGGGAGGCAGCGGGAGACGAAAAAGGAAUCGCCACUAUCGUGCGGAUAUUGGUAUGAUCGGACAAGCGUUUAUCUACUAUAAUGCAUUUGACUUUUUGCAGAAAAUUUCUUGUUUUGGUGCGCAAAAUGAAGCCUGGGUGUUGCUACAGCGUCUUUAUGGUGUUCGUCACUACAUCUAUUUUUCACGCGCCUUUAUUGGUGUUCUAUUCUUUUUCUCAGGUACCUUGGUCGACAGCAAUGCGAUGGCGCGACCACGGAAUCUGAACGCUGCCUUUGCGGGGGAGCAGGACACGCUUAACACGGAUAACCCGAGCUACACAGGCCCGAACAAGAUUAACCAGGACCAUUUGCAUGCCACCUUCACGAAUUUCAUCCGGAAGUACAUUCCGGAGGGGGAGAUGGCAAAGCAGGGGGACGAGGGGUACUACUUGACGCUGCUCCGGUAUCCAGGAAGAAAAGUGUGCAUUAGUGUAACUUUGUAGGAUGAAGACUAGCAUCACAAAUUCGCUCUGCAUUAUUUGUAGAAAAAAUCGCUGAUGCGCAGAUAGAGCGUGAAAUAAACACGUAUGGUGUCUGAGGCUACUAAAACGCACAACCAGCAUGACAAGCGUGACUGUCUUGUAUCAUCUGCAACACAAACUUACACUCGCGCAGUUUUUUUCUUGCAUAUCUGAAAGGAGUGGGAGGCGGUACCGUCGAACCAGCUGGACCAGCGGGUCGACUUUCCGAUUGAUUUAUCGCACGAAAGGACUGUUUUACUGUAAGCUUGUGAUGCAUAGAAUGGAACACAGAAGCAUGUGUCAUGGUAGUAGACAUGCAAGGCAGUGCAUUUUCGGGCGUGGAGUUGUGCCUUCGGAAGCACGCAUGGUAAAAAAAUCUUCCUUGUCAUGUACAAGUGAAACAACUUCUUAUGCAAAAUUUGCAAUAAAAUGCUUUACAGUGAAACACUUUUUCUCACGAUAUCAUUGCCAUCACUUGCACUUUUUUAACGCGGAUCUGUACACGAAUCUGGUCAACUUCCCCGCGGAUAUCAUUGCGUUGAUGGACCGGGUGCUGUGGGAAUUUUCGACGGGAAUUUUGAAGGAGCUGAACCUUAUCCUUACAGGAAAAGACAGGCGCGUCUUAUUUGUAAUGCAAAAAUGGAUACACAUUCAUAUUGCUAUUGCAUGUCCUAAACAGCACGUUAUGGGCUCGCCCAUGACAGAUCUUUCUGUGUAUAUAUUUUUGCAUUACAAAUGUGGCCUGCCCCUGCCGGUCUUUUUGCGUGGGAUAAGCCUGGAAAUCAACGAGGAGUCGGAUGUGAACAUCCGGGCAAAAACCUACAACCUCCUGGACCAGGAUUUCCGGAAGAUGCGAGAUCUGGAACCCGCUGACAUUGAAAAAUUGGUGUCGACGCAAGGUAUGACAGUGUGAUAAGGGACUGCUGCUGUAGUGACAGGCUCUUCUUUUUCUCCAUGUUCUUGGAAGGACAAUCUGGGUGCGAUUUUAUAAAUUUUUUUUCCUUGCUCAUGGAUGCUGAACAAGAUGUGCGAAUCGGCAUCUCCAUUUUUGCAAGCAAACAGGUAUCGUGAUCCGUUGCAGCGACUUGAUUCCCGACAUGAACCAGGCCGUGUUCGCCUGCACGACGCAGGGGUGCGACGAGCACGUCACCGUCGGCGUGAACAAAUUCCGGGUGUUCGAGCCGCAGCGCUGCGACUCGUGUGGACAGUCGUCCAGCUACACGCUGAAGCACAACUUGUGCGAGUUAUCCAAGAAAAAAAGUGUGUAAGUGUAACUUCCUAGCAAGAACAGCAUCACAAAUUCGUUUUCUUUGCAUUACAGGGAAAACCUGUCAUGCGCAGCUAGUACGUGGAAACACGCAUGAAAGUUGCCUAUGACGCACAUCCGGCAUGAAAAGCGUAUUCAGUCUUGCAUUUUCUGCACCACAGACUUACACUUACACAGUUUUUUUCUUGCAUACGAGUUCGGCAACAAGCAGUACGUGAAACUCCAGGAGACGCCGGAAUCCAUCCCGCCCGGUGAGUAUCAAUCGCUAAUAUGUCUGGGUCUGGAAAGUUGUGAUGCUGGGCUGUACAUGGGUGACACGCUUUCGCAUGCAGCCAAGCGUGACAAGUUUCGAGAACUACCCCUUUUCAUACCCAGUCCGCAUGAGAAACUGCACUUUUGUUCCAUACCAAAUGAGGCUGCGACUUUUGUCGGUGUUGCAAUACAAACUUCGCAGCAAUGUACGAGCAGCAUCACAAGUUCCAACUUUCCAGAUCCAGACAUGUUUGCACUGGAUAGUGAGACUCCGCAGACGAUUCAACUGUACUGUUUCGACGAGCUGUAUGACGUGAUGAAGCCCGGUGACCGGGUGGAACUGACGGGUAUUCUCCGCGGGAGCAGCCAGCGGAGCAACUUCAUGCAGCGGCGGCAGCGGGCGGUGUACCGCACCUUCAUCGACGCGAUCGCGGUCCGACGGGAAAACACGUCAGACAAGUCCACGAUCGACCCGGACGCGACCUUUGUCCCGCUGUCCGACGAGUACGACACGAACCCGAGCAAGGUGGGCGAGCAACAGGCGAUGCUAAACCAGAAAAUCCGCGCUUUGGCGAAGGAAACCGACGACCAGGGGCAGCUGACGAUCCGGCAAAAGCUGAUCGAGUCCAUCGCGCCGUCCAUUCACGAGCUGGAGCACGUGAAGCGGGGGCUGCUGUGCCAGCUGUUUGAGGGGACGACCAAAGUGACCGCGGACAAAGCGGCGCAGAUGCGGGGGCGGUUUCGCGAGCAGAUCCACAUUUUGCUCUGCGGGGACCCCAGUACCGCGAAGUCGCAGCUGAUGACCGCGGUGAACAAGUUGGCGACGCGGGGGGUCAUCACCAGCGGCAAGGGCUCCUCCGCCACCGGGUUGACAGCGUACAUCACGAAAGACCCGGAGACGCGGGACAUCAUCCUCGAAUCCGGAGCGUUGGUGUUGUCGGACAGGGGGGUCUGCGGUAUCGACGAAUUUGACAAAAUGGACGAUUCCACCCGCGCCGUGUUGAACGAAGCGAUGGAGCAGCAAACCGUGUCCGUAGCGAAGGCCGGGAUUGUGUGCAGUCUGAACGCCAAGGUGUCGAUUCUAGCCACCGCGAACCCGAUUAACUCGAGGUACUACAGAUGUGAAGGAGACAGAUAUGUUUCACCUAAAGCAACAGAAAGACUUUGCAGGUUCUGAUGUGCAUCUUUUGUGAGUCUGUCGGUCUGCGCUUUCAUCAUGCGCUUAGAGAUGUUGGCUUCGCAUAAACGAAAACACACAUGCAAAUAUGAAAACCACCUCAGAUACGACCCCAGCAAGACUAUUAUGGAGAACAUCAACCUCCCCGCAACACUGACGUCUCGUUUUGACUUGGUGUACCUGAUGCUGGACAAGCAGGACCCGGUGGCCGACCAGCUCCUCGCGCGGCACAUCGUCGGGAUGUUCUCCCAGCAGGGGCGCCAGGCGGAGCGGGAGCCCACCAUCGAUCGGUCCACGUUCCGCUCCUACAUCGACUUCGCAAAGAAGCGCUGUCGUCCGCGGCUGAUGGAGGACGCGAAGGUGGAACUAGCGGAAAGAUAUUUGAACCUCCGGACCGGCACCGCAUCGGACGGGGCGGUGUGCGCGACACCCAGAAUGCUGGAGUCCCUCAUCCGCCUGGCGGAGGCCUUCGCGAAGAUGGAGCUGCGGGAGCAGGUGACAAAACAGGACGUGAACGACGCGUACGAACUUUUGAACGAAGCUAUCAAAAGGAAAAAUCCCCCCUCCCCAUACUCGAAAAGGAAAUCUGUGAUGCUGGAUUUGCGUACACAAAUCUGAUUUGUCUUGCAGUAGGGGACUGCAUUCCCAUAUCGUGCCGCAGUCCAGAGGUUUUGGCCUAGGCACUUAGCAUGGGGACCGUCUAUGCCGUAGGCCCAACAGCAUUACAAACCGACUGAAAAAUAUGGCGGAGCCUGUGGCAUUGCUUUCUUGCGUCACAGGUGCGAUUUGUGGUCACAAAUCAGCAUGACUAAUUUUUUGAGGCGUGCCCUUUCGAUAUGGGGAGGGGGGAUUUUUCCUUGCAAUAGAAGCAACGUUCAAAUCCGCGGUGGAUCCGGUCACGGGCAAGAUCGACAUGCAAGCGCUGAUAUCAAAUGCAAAAAUGUCUGGGUCUGGAAGAAUACAAACUUGUGAUGCGCAUUUUGGAACACAGCAAAAUCUCUCAUGCAUAGGCAGCACAAGUUGCCCACUUUCUGUCACCAAAGUCGGGGAUUUGUCAUGCGGAUUCGGGAUUGCGAAAGCUUCUCGAAACCUGUGAUGCUGGAGCUUCCAUGCCAGACCUUCUGUGUCAUGCAAAAACAGCAUGACCCUUCCAGACCCAGACAUGUUUGCAAUCCAUACCUGCGGACCGGGGUCUCGGUGCGUGAAAGGCAGAUCAUGGAGCUGGGGGCCAAAGUGCUCGUGGAAUUCGUAUUGACCAAUUUAAAUUUUCUAUUAUAAGUUUUUUGUUUUGGGAUAAGCACGACAUAGAAACUUCUGCUCUACUUCUUCAGGCUUGAUUGUCAUGGUGGCAUUCAACGUAGCUGCUUUCGGCAACAAGACGAGAACUGUAGUUUUGCCAUUGGUCUUCACCUCCAGAGUUGCGUUCCCUUCUUCUCCCCCGCCCUUUCUGGGAAUCACUACAAAAAAAAUCAAAAACAGGUGAAAGAGGAGGCCAUGAGCUUACGGGACGCGCUGUCCAAGGUGAACCAAGUGCUACAAGACAAGAAGAUGAACACACUCCGGUUCAAGCACUUGUAUCACCCGGAUUGCAUUUUUGAGUGGAGUGAAAUUUGCCCCGCGCACCAGCUUCAAAAGUUUGCACACAGGCACAAGAGAAGACGAAAAAUAUUCUGACGUCUCAUUCAUCCGCUUCUCUACAGUGCUAAGUACAAGACUACAGUUGGCAUCUGCGUUCCUUCGUAUAGAUUUCGUUCGCGUGACAAAUUUCACGUGUCUCAAAAUUCCAACUGCAUAGCACGCGGGAAGUCGUGGACGGGCUGAAGCGGGAGGGUUCGCUGAUCCAACGGGGCGACAUGCUUUCGGCGCCGUAAGGAGAGGUGGACCUCGAGGUUUCUGUCCUGGCUUAAGUAUUUACUUACAAACAUGCGGGGAGUACUUCUACCGACUGCUUCGUGUCGUGAAAAAGCGUGUUGUGGUGAAAACACGUGAUGAUCGCCAUGAUCUUCCGACUUACAAUCGAGAACGUGUAUCGUUUUCCUUCUACUAACAUUAGUUUAUGCUUUAUUGGCUUGAGCAAAAUUUCGCUCGCUCGCACGCACUUGUGGUGUUAGUUUUUUUUUGGCAAAAUAGUUUACUUAUUUGAAAGAGAAAGUUGCAUCUACUGCGACUGAGUCGCGGCCCAUGCUGCACAGUAAGAUCCUGCAGCAUCAGUCAAAGUCACUGAUGCGGAGGACAGUUUUAGUUUUUUUGGUUCCAAGCAAAAUGUUUGUUUUGAAAAAUUGAUGACAAGUGAUUGCUGUCCGGCAGAGGCAAUAGUGGUAUGUUAUGAUGCCAGAUCAUCAUCCCAGCGGAGCGGAAUAAAAGAAGCUGCGCGGAAGGCAUAUUUUCGGCCUUUUUCGCUGUCCCCUUUCUUGUAUUGUAAGCAGGAUUUUUGUGUCGACAACUUAUUUCUCGGUGUUUGAUUCAUCUGAAAUAAAGGUUGAUUGCCCC